AAACCGCUACGCGAGCGAGAUUCAGUCCAAGUUGGAACGCCGUUCGGUGAACUCGCAGCCUGUGUCUAGCUUUCGCGCGUAUCGUCGGCUUCAUCAUUCGAAGGCACUUGCUUCGGAGAGAUAAUUUUUUUUACUGUGCAAAGGGGCGAAAGGUGUCGGUGUGAGUGAGUGUGCGUGUGUAACAAGGCGUCCUUGUGCCUCCUCCUCGCUCGGUUCUUAUGAGUGGGUGAUGUUGCCGCUGGAACGUGUUUCGAUGGUUCCCCGAGAUGUGCGUUGAGUAACUAGAUCAUCAUCUACGAUGAUGUGACUGAUAGUAGUGGAGUGUGAGUUUCCGUGACAGUUUUGCACACACCCGGUCUGAGGGUUUCGUGCAGUGGUGUGCAUAUCCCGUUUACAACAUACUGGUGCACAUGCGUGCACUUCGAUCCACCGAAAUGCUACCGAAGUAGAAUACAGUAGGCUGGGUGGAAAAACAGCAAUGCUUGCCAGUGCCUACUGCGGUCGUCGGCGCGUUCGAGUGUUGGUGAAUGCUGGCUAAAGGAUUCCUUCGUCCGUGCCGAAAUAAAAAACCGUGUGAGAUGAAGGGAUACCAAAUUCAAUUAUAGCACCAAAGUGGAUUUCGAAUGCGAACGGUGAGUUCGAGCGAAACGAAGAGAAUUUGCACAAUUCCGACUGGAUUACCGGGAACAAGUGAGUGGAUUACCGAGGUCGAAUUUCUAUCGAAAAAAAAGGUGCCAAGUGCGAAGAAAAUUUCGUGUCUGGUCGACAACAAGGGAGGCAGACACAAACACAAACCGAAACCAGAGAAGAAAAUAAUCAAUAACUCGGAUGUUUUGAUCGGCUUUGUGAGUGUGCCAGAAAAGGGCGAUACGAAGAUAUCGGUGGCGGUGCCUUUUGACAACAGCAGCCUCCACAACUUGAAACAGGGGGGAUGCCAAGUGCAAAUUCGAGUCCCCUCAAACAAAAGUGCUUCAAUCAGGGCCUACUUAGUGAGCCGUGCAGCUCCAAAGGAAGAAAUUGUACCGGAAAAGGGUCCAAUUACGUUUACGGCAGUUGUUGAAUAACCACGGUUUGCAUAUUUUUGUGGUGAUUAGUGCGAAAGAAGAAAAAGUUUUCCAAGCGGGGCCUAAAAUGAUGAAAAGUUGCCCCCCUCGGAGCUAACGAGAGUGAAAUUUGGGCAUUAUUCGACCUUACGUCAGUUUGCCGCGAAGAGAUGCGCGAAACACGGGUGCUAUUGAAAGAGGUGAAUUGAUUGGCGAUUUGCUGUUGUGAUCCCUCCUAAGCCGGGUUAUCGAGAGCCGCAGUUUUUUCGGAAAUGCAAUCGAGUGAACCGUGAUGGAGAUGAUUUAUGAUUAGAUUUAUUGAUAAUGAUGUGGGGGUAGAGUGAAGAGGAUGCAAGAAGGCAGUAGCAACUGAGUUGUUCGAGAAAAAAAAGUGAAGAUUUUUUUUGCGGUGUACAUUUGGACAAGGCAUCAGGACAGGUGAACGGUUGAUUUGGCGGAAUUGAGCUGAAAAAAAUCGGCAUCUGUUGGAUAACACACGAAACAAACAGAGGCUGUAAAGAAACCAUUGGAACUGUUUGCAGUAUUCUCCCGUACGUGAUACAACGAGAAAAGAGCUCAACUACUACAAAAAUACAGAGACGACAAAUGAUCCAGAUUCGGAUGGACCAAGAACCAGUGCCGAAAAUGGAACCCUAGCUGCGUGAGCCUCGCCGGGCGCAGAACAUGGACACCCCCGCACCGUCUCGUCGGCACACACGUGUGUAAUAAGGGUGCGUGGGUGGUGAAUUCGUUAUUUUUGUGUUUGAAUCCAGAAAAAUAUUAAUUAGCAUUUACCAUCGGGGAAAAACAAGUGAAGUGAUUAAAAAGUGUUUUCGUUUUCUCGGGAGGAUUUUUGUGGUUUCGCGGAGUUUGAGUUCCGAGACACGCUAUGGAUACGAUGGUCUUCGACGACGAACCGCCGCCCGAACCGAGGGAUGGAUGGCUGCUGGUGAGGAUCUUCGUUCCGGAGCUGAACGUGUACAAGUGCUUGCAGUUUCCCUCGGAUAAGGUCGUGUGGGACGUCAAGCAGCAGUGUCUGGCUUCGCUGCCGAAGGUUGCCUUCUGGUUCUGGGAAUUGAAGGAAAGCUUCAACUAUGGCCUGUUUUGCCCGCCCUCCAAUGGCAAGGCGGGCAAAUUUUUGGACGAGGAACGAAGACUGGGUGACUACCCGUUUAACGGGCCCGUUGGAUACCUGGAGCUCAAGUACAAGCGCCGGGUGUACAAGAUGCUGAAUCUGGACGAGCGACAACUGAAGGCCCUCCAUACCCGGGCCAAUCUGCGGCGCUUUCUGGAGUGCAUCAACGGGGGUCACGUGGAAAAGGUUGCCAAGAUGUGUGCCAAAGGGCUGGACCCGAACUUCCACUGUCAGGAAACGGGCGAAACCCCGCUGACGAUUGCCACCGGGACGAAGAAGCCCAACAAACUGCUGAUUGCCCUGGUCAACGGAGGUGCCCUGCUCGACUACCGGACGCGAGAUGGAGCCACCGCUCUGCACCGGGCCGUCGAGCGGGACAGUCUCGAGGCGGUUAGCACGCUGCUGGAGCUGGGUGCUUCGCCCAACUAUCGGGACACCAAAGGCUUGACGCCGGUUUACCUCUCGGUGACGCGCAAAACCGAUUCGAAAAUCUGCGAAAUUCUGCUGCACGACCACGCCACCCUCGGCAUCCAGGACAGCCAGGGCUGGCAGGAGGUCCAUCAGGCUUGUCGGAACGGGUUAGUGCAUCACCUAGAGCACUUGCUGUUCUACGGUGCGGAUAUGGAUGGGCAGAACGCUUCCGGCAAUACGCCGCUGCAUGUUUGCGCUGUUAACAAUCAGGAGGCUUGCGCUAGAAUGCUUCUCUUUCGCGGUUCCAACCGGGGCGCACUAAACUAUGCCAAUCAGACACCGUACCAGGUCGCCGUAAUUGCCGGCAAUUUGGAACUGGCCGAGAUGAUACAGAACUACAAGUGCGAAGAUAUCGUCCCCUUCCGUGGUCCCCCUCGGUACAACCCGCGGCGCCGUUCCGGGCUGGGUUGGGGUUCGACGCUGUCCCGCAUCUACGGUGGCCCACCUUCGCCCUGUCCCUCGGAGCAUCCGUUCAGUUCGGCCAGCUCGAGCCUCUCGGAGGGAUCGUCCAGCCAUCGGAGCCACGAGGAUGACAUUAGCAUCGUGACAGAUAAAAGCCUUGGUGACACGAGCGACAUCAUCAGUGAUUCGUCAGGCGUCGGAACCAAUUCCGAUAGUGCAGCUUGCUCGAUUGGCCACCCCAGCACGACCGUGGUCUGCAUGGAGGGUUACGACGGUGGCCUGUCCGGGCACAUCCAGAUACAGCCCGGGGACGUGAUCGAGGUGGUGGGAUCUACCGAUUGCGGCCUGCUGGAAGGGUUCGUGCGAGGAACCAACAAAACCGGCUUCUUCCCUGCUCAGUGCGUCCAGGAAGUGCAGUUCCGGCAGAAAAGUAUUAUCAAUGUUUCAACCUCGGCACCGCAUCAUCACUACGUGAUCAACACCAGCAGUAAUGAGAUUAUGGAACAGCAGCAGCAACAGCAACAACAACAGCAACAGUACAACAGCCAGACUGCACCAAGGACGAAGAAGGCGGUCACUGGAGAGCCUCGAACGGUGGUUCUUCACCGAGCGAAGCGAGGUUUCGGUUUCAUUCUUCGAGGUGCGAAAGCUUCCUCGCCGUUGAUGCAACUCAAACCAUCUCCCCGGUGUCCGGCUCUGCAAUAUCUGGACGACGUGGAUCCGGGUGGUGUUGCCGAUAUGGCUGGACUCAAGCCUGGAGAUUUCUUACUUGCCAUUAACAACGAAGACGUCACGUGUGCCUCGCAUGAGCACGUGGUCGACCUGAUCCGCAAUUCGGGUUCGCUCGUAUCGAUGACGGUCAUCACGCUUCCUCACAAUCUGGUCAAUUCGAUGAUGGAGAAUGUGAUGGCGGGUGGUUCCAGUUCGAUUGGCGAUGGAAGUCAACAUUCCGGUUCCGGUAUGAGUACGCCGGUUUCCUCGCGGCAGUGUUCGACGCUUCCGCGACGGAUGAAUGGAGGACCGGCCAGCCUUGCGGGAUGCAAGCUGCCUGCUCCGAUGCCCCCACGAAGAGAUCCAAAGACAACACUUAGCGUAGGACGAGCACGUGCCAAAUCGAUGGUCGCCGGAUUGGAGGGCGGCGGUGAAAAAGAUGACGAUGAACUGCCGAACCAGACCAAAUCUACUUCGGCGGAAUCUAUCCAUCAGCAGUCUCAAUCGGCAAUCAACACACCGACACAGGGUGGACCUGGUACACCUGUUCAGCCGAGAACUGCGAGUAUCAAGUCGCGGCCCACAUCUAGUCGAAUUACAGCCGCUGAACUGGAGGAACUGUUCCAAAGGCAGCAAGGCGUUGACGCCAACCGCUGUUCAAUGUUGAUGACCAGUUCGCGAUUCCAGUCCGGAUUCGACAGUGGGGCAGCAACGCCUCCGACUUCUCCGCAAAAGGGACCAAUCGUGUAUGCUAGUGUAGCAGAAAUGAAGCGCAAAAAGUCAUCCAAGAUCGGUACGCUCAAGGGCCGUCCCAUUCCGAUUCCACAGGUCGGAUCUGACCUGAGGCGAACCUUCCACAGUACACCAGAUCUGGCGUCCAGUGGAACGGCUUCUGCAACCGGCAGUGCCGGAACAUUGACACCUUCGGCCAGCUGGUUCAACACCGUCGGCCACAAGGGACACCGAUCUCAAGACGAUGUGUACAGUUUACACAUGUCAAUGCAAAGACUGAAUCUCCCACCACCAAAUCAUCCGCCGCCACCGCCACCGAUAGGACAGGUCAUCAAAGUAGACAUUUCGCGUGGUUCCGAGUACGAGUGUCUCACCGCACUGCAGAAGCACAUCCAACAGAAAGCCAAACAACGGUCAAAGAUUCAGGAGGCGGAAAUCAUGUCCAGCUUCAAACCAGCCUCCAAUGCCAAGCUGUACGCUUCACCGCAGGAUAUCCGAAACGUUGGCUACAGGACAACGAGCGUAGCGUCGAGCAGCAGUGGCAACAGUAGCAGCGGAAAUAGCAGUACCAGCACAGAGAUCCGUAAAGCGUCGUCUAUUCGGUCAAACUCGAGCACAGGCAGUGCAAUCAACGUGACCACUGUUACCAUCAGCGGGAACGGAACCGGUAGCAUCACCAGCGGCGGAAGCAACCCGUAUGCGCAACCAGGUCGCCCUGCAGCUAUGCAGCAGACGGCACAGCCUCAACAACAACAGCAGCAGCAGUACAAAUCUUCCGGACCUCCACUGCCGGAGCCGGACUACAGCUUGAGCGAAUCGGACGCUGAGGAGGAUAACUCCGUCCGGCUGGUGCGAAGCAAUCUCAAGAAAGUCAAUGGAGGCCUGGCAGCAGCAGAGCUAAACGGGACGAGCAAGGUUACGGUAAGCGGUGGAGCCCCGAACAUCAAUCCCGGAAUGGCCGCCGAAACUAGCGGUAACAGUAACGCCAGUGGUAGCAGUUCCGGAUCGAGCUCGGUCCCACAUUCCUUCUCUGUGGAAGAAAUCCAGAAGAUUCGCACCAAGCUCAAGUCGUCGAAAUCCUACCCGAACGACUUCCUACGACAGCAGAACCAAACGGGAAAUCAACAACCCGGUGGCGGUGCGAAUCAAGCCAACGAAGACAAUGGCGAUAACAGUUCUUCCGGUGUCAGCAGUGAUCAGGAAGUCACGGUAACCUGCAAUGAUAAGGCACCGGCACCAGCGAUAGAUCCCAAGAAGGUUGGAUCGCUACUUGAGCAGAAAAAGAUGGCUGUUAUGAUCACCCCAACAGUGCCGGCUGUUCGCAGUGACGAAGACGACGAUGACCAGAGUCCAAGUCCUCCGGCUACCGGCUUCCAACGGCACAAUUCCCUCACGCGGAAGCAAGCCGCAACGAUUGCAGCGAACCGUGCGAAAGCCAAUCAGCAAAACAUCCAACAGAGGCAUGCUGUCACGUUGGCAACACUGCCACCUCCCAUAGAAGCCGACUCGGAUGACGCCGAAUCCGGAGCCCUGCCCGUAGAUGGUACCGAUGGGGUUGGGGUGGCUAUGGUGCUUCCUCCUCCGGCCGAAUUCAGUGAUUCAGUUGCUGCCGGAAGUGGACACCCACCACAGCAACAGCAUCACCACCACCAUCACCAACAUCAGCACCACUCGGGAGCAGGGCUGGUCAGCGGCCACAAUCCCAACUGCAAACGAGUUCGCAUUGUGGGUGCCGUCCCCAAAGUAAACCGACUAAACAGUCAGUAAAGAAACAAUCGGUUUAGCUAGACAUUAUUCUUCAGCACUCACUCUGUCACGAAUACAUAGACAAAUAGACCAUUACCGUACAUAGUCCGACGUAUAUUUUAAAAAUCAGAACUAGCAGGCCUAUGCAUUCACGUCGUUAGAGCAAAUGAAAGCUUUUCAAUAUAUAGCCAUCUACAGUGUGUCACAAAACUCAUAAAAUCGGAAAGCAAUUAAGCAACUUUUAUAACCUAAUAGAAAAUACACGCUCAAACGGUUGCUUAUUACAUUUUUAUACUUCUCACACACAAACACACGUUCGCAAAGAUGCGCCUAAAACCACGUGCAAUAUCGUCCCAGAUACACAAGUGACACUUCAAACAACAACCGGAAAAUUGGUGUCAGCACAGUUAGUCAAAAAGUAUAAACAUUGAGGUACCAGAAUUAGUACCGUUGUCGCACGUUGAACAUACAAUUUUAAGAUGAACAUUUAUUCGAGUGUGAAAAAGAUCUUUCAAGUCGUUCCAAGCCUACUUCGAUUGUUCGUCAGAGAACGUCGCAUGACGAACGAUUUGAGAAUUCCUUUUUCAUUGCCACUUCUCGAGCAGUAGAUAUAGUAGAUCUUGAUUUAUGCUAUUCUUUUAUGUUAAGUUUACGUUCUCCUGUAAAAUAGUAAUUUUCACUAUAUUUUCGCUCAAGACAUAUAGUUUGUAUGAUAACCGGAUGUAAAUUUCUUUUUCCCCUUGUACAUUUGAGUAACCUUUAUUGAGCAGAAUCAUUUCGAAACCUUCUGUCUUUAAUUAAUUACAUUAAUUAACAAGUCAACAAAGCAGUAGCUGAGAUAAGAUUCAACGGAUAAUAAAGGAACAGGAUAUUCACGGAGAGUAAUAUCCACUCUAAAAUUUAGCAUGUUAGAUUUUAACUACACAAUCCACUAGCGAUAAAACCAUGGUGUAACUGUUGUAUAUUUUUCUGUGACUCCAUUUUUCCGCCUAGAAAUUGGAACUCGAUUUUAAGUCUUACCACGUUGUAUAAGAGGAAAAUAGACACCAUUCUUCCAUUGAGUUUCCACUUGAUUCACCCGAAUUGUCUCUCGAAGAGUGGUGUGCGUAUAAUUGUUUUAUAUUUUUGUAACCUUUAUAGAAAAUUGGAAUAUCACACAAAUGCAUUAUUAUUAAAUAAAUUCUCCUAUACCCGCAUUCAACACAAAAAAUGAGAUACGGCCAUUUAAGGUAAUGAAAAAAUCGAACAGAAAGUGGAAUUUUACUAUAUUGCAUUGAAGGGAAAUUAUAUAGAAAAUAUACAAACGUACUCAUUCAAUACGAAAAAAAAAACAAACCAUACGUUAGAUGCAAACAAUACAAACGAAUAGAACACGCCAAUCUGUCCGCUAAACAAGCAAACUAAAAAUAGAAUCAACAUUUUAAAACAGAAAUCGUAACGGUCACAGCAGACAGCACCAUUUUGAAAUCUCAGCAACCCACGAACAGUUCUCAGCCAACAAUGGAAGCAGACCACGACACGUUUACUCACAUACACACAAACAACGCAAUAGUUCAGCCUUUAGAUCGAAUAGCAGAGAAAACGGAACCAUAUGUCGAACGAACAAUAGCCCAAACGAAAGAAAAAAAUAGUUUCGUAUAUCGCAUUUUAUCAUCUGACGAAUGCCCCGCCCGUCCUCCUAUGUGUAGUGUUGUGUUCCAACCACACCGACCUAGCAGUGCAGUGAUUGAAUGCCAGCACUCACAUACACACAGACAAACAAUCACGCAAAUACACAUAAAGAAACUAAAAAACAAAUAUGAAUUAAUGAAUACGCGAGCAAAGUAUAGCAUAGCCAACUAGCAUACAUACAAACGUACAUACAGAACACACGCAGUAUGAUAUUAAAGUGAGAUGAAAACACACAAACAAAAUGGUAAAAUGCUAUAACAAUUUAUGGUAAAUGAAAUAAAUAAUAAUGAUCAAUAA